AGUUGCAGGCGUGCUUCGCAGGCAACGACAUCUGGAUUCCUGCUGGUUGUUUUGGAGGUAGACUUUCUAUUUGAGAUGCCUCAUUAUGUUUGAGCUCAGAAGAGAGACGGAUGUCAAAAUUAAACAAUGCAAACUCCAGGCACAUAUAAUUGUAGGAGAUAAAAAUGGGUUGGAAAGAACAGAUCCAGUGUGAUCUGAAAACAGCAGUACGCUCAGGAGAUAUUGAGGCUCUGAGAGAAUUGAUCAGAAAAGGAGGUGACAAGAUAUGUAAAAAUUGUGACACCUACUCUAUUAUAAUGGAUGCAGGUGAAAAUAUGGAAGUUAUUAGGUUACUGGUGGAGGAAUUUCAUCUUCCACUGGAUGACACUGAUAAUUUUGGCCAGACAGUUCUCAUGAACUUAACAUCACAAUAUGGGAAGCUGAAAGUUAUAGAGUACCUGGUAUCAGCUGGUGCUAAUGUACAUGCCAGAAAUGUCCUGGGGGAGACAGCACUUCAUGUAGCAGCUCGUUCCUGGUACUUGGAGACAUUCAAAUUUUACCAGGAUUCAGGUAUUCCAAUGGAUUCACUGGACAUUUAUGGCAGAACUGUUCUUCACCAUGCUGCUGCAUCUAAGUCAUGGGAAAUACUGAAGUACCUGUUGGAAGGAGGUUGGGUACCUAUUGACUGCAAAGACAGAUAUGGGCAGACACCACUAAUGUUAUCUUCAAGCUAUCCAAAUGGCUGCUUCAAGCUCCUUCUUGAUGCCGGUGCAGACACUGCAACUGUUGAUGUGAUUGGCAGAACAGCACUCCACAGAGCAUUGGGAUCUACAGAUAAUUUUACAUGCUUGCGGGAAAGAUGUCCCAGUUUUGGAGAUGGCAUUGACAAGAAAGGGCAACCUGCUAUAAUACACGCACUCUCCUUUUUUCGGUACAGUUCUGAUAUGCCUUGCAUACUAGAACUCCUUCUGAAGGGAGGUGCAAAUCCUGACAUGCGUGGCAAAGAUGGAAAGACAGCUUUGGAUAUAACAUUAGAAGACGAACUUCAACGGGAAACAUGGCUGCUGUUAGAGGCUGGAGCUAGUUUUUCACAUUAUAGCAAAGAUGUGCUUAAUCAAAUUUUACAUGCGGCCGCAAGUUGUUCUGAGCUAGUACAUAGGUUGCUUGCUCAAGGUGCAGAUAUAAAUGGCAGAUAUAGGCCUAAACACAGGAAGUCAACAAUAAAUGGCCACACGAGAAGAUGUUUGGAAUGGGCAGCGUCAGACUGUAAUUCAGACACAGGCCCAUUAACAACAGACUUGUCAGGACAUUCUCCAAUAUUUGAAAACCUUUGUUGUCCAAAGGCUACCAAAUUGUUACUGGAUGCUGGAGCAGACGUAAAUUUCAAAGAUGAUAAUGGCUGUACACCACUGCAACAAGCUGUGUACAGCUGUAACAGUUGCUACUCUUCCUGUGGGCAUUAUAAGGUCCUGGAAAUGUUGCUGAAUGCUGGUGCUGACCCAAAUGUUGCAGAUAAAUGUGGAGUGACUCCACUUCAUUCAGCAAGUAAUAUGAGAUUAAGUCCAAUGGUGAGGGAAAGUGAUGUAUUGUAG